AUGUCGUAUGAGAGGUUGGGAGAUUUAUUAGCAGAAUAUAUAAUAAACAGGGGUCUAGUGGGGAAUCCAGAAGGAUAUAUGAAAAGUUUAUGGCAGGAUAUGCAACACCAACUGCAGAUUUUUAUUACGCAUAUGAACAAUGACAGUCAGUACCACAAUGCUAUUAACUGUGAGAAUGCAUACUGGCAGCAUCCACAAGAGCAUGGGACGAAAGACCAACUACCAAGGGAAAUGAGCAGGAGCACAGAAAGAGUUAUAUGCAGACUCAUGACGCAAGCGAUAUAUUUUGCAAAUGCGUGGAGUAAAGCUGUACAGGAAGACAUAACGGGGGACUCCGUGCACAAUAAAGAAAUUAAGGGAUUAAUACGGUGUACAAUAGUGGACGUAUAUAACGACAUACUGCGGGCAAAUGCAUGCGAAGGUUGGUGGGGUACAUAUUAUGCAUGGUACGUCGUGGACCACAUAUCGGGAGGGCUGACGGCCCAUGGGGGCCAAAAUGAUUGUACGAGGGGGAAGUACAAGACUAUACAAUUGAACACUUGGCCCAUGAGGAAUCAGAUGAAGACAUGGUUAAAACAGAACAAACAGAUGAAGGAGAAACUUGCACAGGAAGAAAUAAGCGGUGGGUGUACGGGAAGGCAGGUAAAGACUAGGGAACAACUGCAAAAGGAAGGAGAAAUACAGGACCCAGAGGCUGAAAAUAAGAAAGACGAAGAACUGAAGAGUCAAAUGAAGACGCAUUUUAGGAAGAUUUUGGACACACUGCAGAUACAAAUGAAGAAGGAGGAGGGGAAAUUGAGGGCGUCCCGUGCGCCAGCACCGCAGUACCCUUCUGUGGACGACGCAGACGAAAAGAACGCUGAAGACAUCGAGCGAAAAAUAGAAAAGGCAAUCGAGGCAGUGCAAGACCACUUACACGCAGUGAUCGAGCAGACUACCGGUGAAAAAGCAGCCGCCGCCACCAAGGCGGCGACCACACCAUCAAAGGACACGUCAGGUAAGGAGGGAUGA